GCUUGGAGAGAGCGGACGCCUUCUGGACUCCAAAGAACGAGGUACGCCAAGGACUGGGCUGCUCAGUGCCAGGAGGCAGUGGAGAUGGAAGUCCAAGCUGCAGCUGUGGCCGUGGCUGAGACUGAGGCAAGGGCUGAGGCAAGAGCCCAAAUGGGGAUUGGAGAGGAAGCUGUGGCUGGGCCCUGGAAUUGGGAUGACAUGGAUAUCGACUGCCUAACAAGGGAAGAGUUAGGCGAUGAUGCUCAGUCCUGGAACAGAUUUUCAUUUGAAAUUGAGACCAGAGCCCAAGAAAAUGCAGAAGCCAGCACUAACAUCGACUUCAGCAGAGGAGUUAGCACCAGGGCUGCCUUCAGCGAUAGCGCUUGUAUUAGCUUCAGUGGUGUGCCCAGCCCCAGUGGUGGCUUUGGUGGCAGAGCUGGCACUAGCUUUGGUGGCACACCCAGGACCAGUGCCAGCUUCAGCAGCACAGCCAGCAUUUGUUUUAGUGGCAUACCCAGCACUAGCACUAGUUUCAGCGGUGCAGCCAGCAUUAGCUUCAGUGGUGCAGCGAGCACCAGCUCUAGUUUCAACAGUGAAGCCUGCAUUAGCUUUGGUGGCACACCUUGUACCAGUGCCGGCUUUGGUGGUGGGGUCAGCUCCAGUUUCAGCGUCCCACUCAGCAGCAGUCCUGGUUUCAGUGGUGGAGCCAGCUCUGGCUUUGGAGGCACACUCAGCACCACUGCUGGUUUCAGUGGUGCACUCAUUACCAGUAGCAGCUUUGGCAGUCUACCCAGAACUAGCACAGUCUUUAGUGGGGCACUUAGCACCAGCACUGGAUUUGGUGGCACACUGAGCACUAGUGUCUGCUUUGGUGGCUCUCCCAGCUCCGGUGCCAGCUUCGGUGGCACACUUAAUACCAGUAUCUGCUUUGGCAGCUCUCCUAGUACCACCAAUGGUUUUGAUGGAGUACUCAGCACCAGUGUCUCCUUUGGUGGUUCUUCCAGCACCAGCGCUGACUUUGGUGGCACAUUAAGCACCAGUAUCUGCUUUGGUGGCUCUCCCAGCACUGGUGCCAGCUUUGGUGGUGCAUUCAGCACCAGUGUUGGUUUUGGUGGUGCACUCAACACCAGUGCUGGUUUUAACAGUGCUGUUAACACUAGUGCCAGCUUCAGCAGUGCACCCAGCACCAUCUCUGGCUUUGGCAGUGUGUUCAGCACCAGUGCUGACUUCAGUGGGGCACUUACCACCACUACUGACUUUGGCAUUACUCCCAGUACCAGCAUUGGCUUUGGUGGAGUUCCUAGCACCAGCCUCUGUUUUGGCAGUGUGUCUAACGCCAACCUAUGCUUUGGUGGCCCUCCUAGCACUAGCGCCUGCUUUAGUGGUGCUACCACUGCUAGUUUUGGUGAUGGAUCCAGUACCACUGCUGGUUUCAUCUUUGGCAGUGGGUUAAACACCAGUGCUGGAUUUAGUGGUGGACUGAGCACUAGUGCUGGCUUCAGUAGUGGACUAGGGACCAGUGCUAUCUUUGGUAGUGGACUGAGCACCAGUGCUGGCUUUGGUGGUGGACUGAUCUCAAGCGAUGGCUUUGGUGAUGGACUGGGCACCAAUGCUGGUUUUAGCAGCACACUUGGCACAAGUGCUGGCUUUAGUGGUGGCCUCAGCAUCAGUGAUGGCUUUGGUGCUGGGUUUAAUAACAGCUUCAACGGAGGACCAAGUACCAUCAUUGGCUUUGGCAGUGGUUCCAACACCAGCACAGGCUUUAUUGGCGAACCCUGCACCAGCACCAGCUUCAAUGGUGGACCCAGUUCUAUCAUUGGCUUCAGCAGUGGACCAAGCACAGGUGCUGGCUUCAGCAGUGGACCAAGCAGUGGUGCUGGCUUUGGCGGUGGACCAAGAAAUGGUGCUGGCUUUGGUGGUGGAGCCACCAGCCUUGGUGCCUGUAGCUUCUCCUAUGGCUAGUGAGGUUUCAGGUUUAUUUCCCAGGUUUACAGAUAUGGCUAAUGAAUUGCAGCAGUUCUUCCCAAGGAACCAAGGUACAUCCUUGGAAUUUUUGUCCACACAGCAGUAUAAGCAGAUAUUAUCAGUCAGCUGAGGGUGACACACUAUGAAAAAUCUGCUUGGUGAUCCUACUUUGUUGUUUGCUUCUUGUGUGCUGUCAUAUUUUCAUAUCAGAGUUACA